AUGCACUCUAAAGUAUUGAUAUCGUGCUUUGCUGUACUUUGUUUGGUAAAAAGCAGCCAAGCAAUGAUCCCAGCAUACUCCGUCUCAGCAUUACGUCUCGCUUUCGACGAGAUUUCGGACAUCUUGCCAGUGGUCAAUCAACUUGCGUGCCUCCUCAUACCUUUCCUCAUCAACUUGAUCAACAACCUCAACAACUUGUCUAACAUAGUCCAGAACUUAACCCCAGCAUUGCUUCCUUACUUCGGUUGCACUUUACCUUUACUUUAUGCGACUUUAACUGACUUAGCAUCAGUUAUCUUUCUUUAUAUUAGUGUGUUAAUUUCUUUGUUUAGGUCUAAUGUUUUGGCCGCUCCUAGUAUGAUGGUCGGGUUGGUUUCUCAGGUUCUGAACCUUGUAUUGACUGUGUUGACAGGUUUGACAGACGGUUCUGGGUUGUUGACUGGUUUGAUCAAGUUGAUCAGUAAUGUGUUAGCUGAGUUGGAGAAGUUGUUGCUUUGA